AUGUUGAAGGACGCCGUUUCAGUCAGCAUCUUUAUCCUCCUGGCCGUUUCAGUCACGGCAGACCCGACAUUCAACGACGACGUUUUGGGUCUCAUCGUUUUCAAGGCUGGACUCGACGACCCUCUCUCAAAGCUCGCUUCCUGGAACUCGGAAGACUACGACCCCUGCAACUGGGUCGGUUGCAUUUGUGACCCUGCCACCAAUCGUGUCACGGAGCUCCGACUCGACUCCUUCUCUCUCUCCGGUCACAUUGGCCGUGGCCUUCUCCGUCUACAGUUCCUCCGCGCCUUGGUCCUCUCCAACAACAACCUCACCGGAACCCUAAACCCCGAGUUCCCUCACCUGGGCAGCCUCCAAGUCGUCGACUUUAGCGGGAACCAUCUCUCGGGUCGGAUCCCAGAGGGGUUCUUCGAGCAAUGCGGGUCCUUGAGCUCCGUCUCUUUCGCCAACAACAAACUCACCGGUCCCCUCCCUCUCUCCCUAACCUACUGUUCUACUCUCACCCAUCUCAACCUCUCAAGCAAUCAGCUUUCUGGGAGACUACCUCGUGAUAUGGAGACAUCCCCGACGGUCUCUCCGGUCUCUACGAUCUCCGCCUUAUCAACUUCUCCAGAAACUGGUUCUCCGGUCACCUUCCUUCCGACAUCAUCGGACGCUGCCCUUCCCUAA